AAAAGGUAGGCAAUGGGAAAGAGCAAGGUUCUCGUUGUGGGGGGCACUGGGUAUAUAGGGAAGAGGAUUGUGAUGGCAAGCCUUGCCCAGGGCCAUGCAACCUAUGUUCUUCGAAGGCCUGAGACUGGUCUUGACAUCGACAAAGCGCAAAUGCUACUGUCGUUUAAGCGGCGAGGAGCCCACCUUGUCGAAGGCUCGUUUUCCGAUCACCGGAGCCUUGUCGACGCCGUGAAGCAGGUCGACGUUGUGAUCUGUACAAUGUCUGGGGUGCAUUUCAGGUCUCACAACAUUUUGUUGCAGCUCCAGCUUGUUGAGGCCAUCAAAGAAGCAGGAAACAUUAAGCGUUUCUUGCCAUCAGAAUUUGGUAUUGACCCUGCGAGGAUGGGAGAUGCUCUUGAACCAGGAAGAGUGACAUUUGAUGAGAAAAUGAUAGUGAGAAAAGCAAUAGUGGAUGCCAAAAUCCCUUUUACUUAUGUUUCUGCUAACUGCUUUGCUGGUUACUUCGUUGGAAACCUUUCUCAAAUGGGAACACUUUUUCCCCCAAAAGAAAAUGUUCAUAUAUAUGGAGAUGGCCAUGCAAAAGUGGUUUUUAUGGAUGAAGAUGACGUGGCAACAUAUACAAUUAAGGCAAUAGAUGAUCCUCGAACCCUCAACAAAACCCUCUACCUUCGGCCACCUGAAAACAUUCUAUCCCAAAGAGAAUUAGUUGAGAAGUGGGAGAACCUUGCUGCCAAGAAAUUACAGAAGAUUAGCAUUUCAUCAGACGACUUCCUUGCCUCCAUGAAAGGACUGGAUUAUGCAGCGCAGGUAGGAAUUGGGCAUUUCUAUCACAUAUUCUAUGAAGGCUGUUUGACAAACUUUGAAAUAGGGGAAGGGGGAGAAGAAGCUUCAAAGCUGUACCCAGAGGUGAAAUAUACACGUAUGGAUGAAUACCUAACGCUCUAUCUAUGAGAAGAGUUCAUAGGCUGCAUGAAAACUACAUACAUCCAUCAUAAUGAAAAAAAUAAGUUUUUAAGGUUCUUAAACUCAGUAUGUUUGUAAUGAUCAUAUUAUAUCAAGGUUUUGCUUUAAAUUUAGAGUGUUUUUUUUAUUUUUUUAAAUGUUGUAAACAAAUAAUUAAUUCAAGUGUUUAUUGAAUUCAUUCUGGGUU